UAUUUGAAAUUUUGAAAUACAUACAAUAUUUUUCUAACAAUAAACUGUGAUCAAGAACAUAUAAAUGAGUAUUUUCUCCUGUGAUUUUGACUCUUAAGGCACAUGGAUAGGCAAUAAAAAUAGAUAACCCUUGAUUGGACAAUAACAUGAAGUUGUUGAGACAAAUUGGCUGCAAUGGGUUUGUUGGCUUCAUCACUUUUGCUGUCCACAUGCUCUGUUUUCACUUUCAGGCAACUCACUACUCCCAGUUCAUUUAGUGGAUUCAAUUUCUGUAGGAAUCUGCGAUGGCCGCCGACGGUCCUGAUUACACCGCUAAGGUCCUGAACCACUGCCGGAUUUCUCCACCCGCAGGUUCAGUUCCGACCACACAUCUCCCCCUGAGUUUCCUCGACAUGCUGUGGAUUGUCUGCCGCCCCAUGAGACGCCUCUUCUUCUACCACUUCCCCCAUUCCACGCACCACUUCAUCCACGCCAUCUUUCCCACUCUCAAACGCUCUCUCUCUCUCGCUCUCCAACACUUUUUCCCUCUCGCCGGAAAUUUCAUCCUCCCUCCUCCGCCCCACCGCCCCCACAUCCUCUGCACACCCCAUGACUCUGUUCCUCUCACUGUAGCAGAGUCGAGUGGGUGCGAUUUCGACCGCCUCAUCGCCGAUCACCCUCGCCCCGCCAAACACUUUUACCCCUUAGUUCCCGACUUGCCCAACUCACGUGCCUCACCGGACGGGGCGCGUGUGGUUCCAGUUUUCGCACUCCAAAUCACCGUUUUCCCAAACCAGGGUCUGUGUAUUUCUAUAGCGUUUCAUCACGUGGUUGCCGACGGGAUGGCCGCUCACGAUUUCCUCAAAUCAUGAGCUUCCAUACAUAGAAACGGAGGCGGCUCGGGUUCGCUUGACGGACCUUUGCCGUACCACGACAGGGCUGCGGUCAAGGACCCAAAUGGAUUGGAGUCCAUCUUUUUACAGGAAUUGUCCUAUUGGGAUUCGUUAUGGAACCCAGUCCCUGAUAAACCCAUAAUUGAUCUUGCGCCUGCCGACAAGGUCAGGGCAACGUUUGUCAUUAACAAAACCCAAAUCGAGAGAUUGAAAACUUGGAUUUCAAAUCAAGCAGCCCAUGACGACAAUGAAGAAUUAAAGCCUUUACGAUUGUCUGCGCUCAUCGUUACAUGCUCUCUAAUCUGGGGGUGUCUGAUUAAAUCAACAGAAGGCGAGUUUGCGCAGAAUGAUCUUCCAGAUGAAUUAGAUGAACUGUGCUUCUUUGUGUUAUUGGCAGAUUGCAGGAAUCGCCUCAAGGAUCCGUUGCCUCCGACUUAUUUUGGGAACUGCCUUGACAUGGGUGCUGUAGUGUUGAAGAAGAGUGAGCUUUUGAAGAGUAAUAGCAGUGUUGUUGCGGCGAAAGCUAUUGGGAAGCGAGUGGAGGAAUUUGAGAGUGAACCAUUGAAAACGGCGGACAAGUGGUUUUCAGAGUGGAGAUGUUUGGAAUCGAAACACCUAUUAACCAUUGCAGGGUCGCCUAAGCUAAGGGUUUAUGAUACGGAUUUCGGGUGGGGGAAGCCCAAAAAAAGUGAAGUGCUUCACGUAGACAGCUCCUUGGCUAUUUCUUUGCAGGAAUGUAGAGAUGAGAAAGGCGGGAUUGAAGUUGGUUUGGGACUUACUAAGACUCAUAUGGAUCGCUUUAUCGCCAUAUGGGAAGAGAAUUUGAAUGUGUUGUGUACUUAAAUUUGGUGGGUUUGGUUUUCUCAAAAUCUGGUCUUUGGAAUUAAUAGUGCUUGUCGGCUGCAAUUUAUUCAGUGUGAAACCUUCGAUCUCUGUUUGAUGGCCCAUAACAUCAACAGAUAUUUCCUAAUUUUUUUUUGUUUUUUAUCAAUAGAAUCCAA